AUGGCUCAGUUUGGACAAACACAGAAGAGCUAUAAGGGAAGCUGCAACGGGAAUGUUAUGCAUUUGCUUCUUGUUUUGCUGUACUGGCAAGGUGUGAACACAGAGACCACCUUCUCGCCAAUGACUACAGAUGCUGUAACAUCACUAUCAAGUAGAACGAUAGUACAUAAAGGUCAAAGUCAUGUCAUCACUGAAGUGCUUGAAAUCCUGAAACCUCAAAGCCUAGAGCUUUUGUGUAACCUGACUGACAUUCCGAGUAAACCCUCAAACAUAACAGGCUUUUGGAGAAAGGAUGGCGAUGAAAUUGAAAACUCCCAACAAACUAUUUACAGGCAAAAUGAACAGUAUGUCCUUAAAAAGAUCUUUAAUAUCGAGGCCGGUGAUCUCGGAAAUUACUCAUGUAUCUUCAGCUAUUUGGAAAACGAGGAACAAGCUACUUUUGUUUUAAAAGUGCCUGCAAUUAAAGACAAGCGAGACAGGCCCAUAGUGAGCUAUGUUGGAGAUUCAGUUGUAUUGAAGUGUGGCAUCAAGCACACACCGAACACCUGGAAAUGGUAUAAAACCAAUGGCACUGAAAAGGAGCUUAUCAAUGCCACUGCUGACCCCAUGCGCUACAAGAUCCACUUAGCCAAAAAUAUCACCAAACUGACCUUGCUGAACUUGACUGAGGAAGACUCGGGUAAAUACAUAUGCAGCGCAGUUUUCGAUAUCGGACCCACGGAAUCACAGUUGAACCUCAAAGUUCUGUCCUUCACUGAGCCACUCAAGCCUUUCGUGGUCAUAGCUGUUGAAGUUAUCAUCCUCGUCACUCUCAUCCUGCUCUAUGAGAGACAAAGCCACAAACAGAAAGGUUCUGCUGGAACCACAGAGAACGGAUUGUAUGAACAGACACCGACACUGGAGAACACCACAGAGGAUGGAGGGACCACAACCAGACAGAGGAAAGUGGAGUACUAACACAGCUGUUUCAUUCAUUAGUAAACUUGCUGUUUGAAAUGAUCCAAAAAUAUCCAGCAUACUAAAAGUUACAUAUAACUUUAGUAUUAUAAUAUUGUCAGAACAUGCAUCAUCCUCUUGAAGAAAUUU